AUGCGACCAUGUAACAAUCCUCAUUCGCAGGUUCGCCACAGGUCCUCGAGACACACUGACGAAGGAUCUUCAGCUGCUGGUGAAGGCACAUCUGCUUCCCAAGCCCAAGCGCCAACUAUUGUGAACAACUUUCCACCUCCUGCGGGCGUUGCCAGUAAUGCACAGUUGGCCUUGAUCCCAGUGCAGAUCAUAGAUGAUAGCUCGCCUGAGGCCGAAGAUAGAGUACCGUUACCGGAUGCGCCCCGCGAGGAACCAAGCGAUAUACCUGUCCUGGAACAGAUAGCGCCUGACUCAAUUCCUAUUCCCAGCGAAGUUAACCCAGAAGCAAUGCCAGCGGUCGUUGUGUGUGAGCCCCCAGCCGAGGAGAAUCCAAAUGCCUUCAACACUGAGGAUGCUGUAGCUGAAGCUGUAGAGGCAGAGGCUGCUGAGCCCGCUCUUAAUAUGGUUGGUCAGGAACUUCCUCCCCUUGCCCCCCAAGUCGCUGAAGCCGGAGAAUUAGAAGACCUUCCUGAACCAGUGCCAGAGGCAGCACCUGUCGCUGAGCCUCCUGAGGCCCCUCCUUCUCCUCUAUCUGCUGAUCAACCGUAG